UUUGUGGUCCACUACAAGUCUACAACUAUGAAAACUUCAUCUUCUCUUCAUCCACACCACCAUUUUCCUUCCACUAAAUUUUACACUUCCAUCACCACAAGGUUUUGUUUUACUGUCAAUCAAAGUGUCCAGAGAUUCGUACAAUUGAGCUAUUUGUAAGGAUUGAGGAGAUAUUUGGGAGCUCUGGAGGAUCUGCACCAAAUGUACAGUCGAGAGGAAUAGAAGGAAGCUCCGGUUCAGGACCUUUACUUGUGAGAUCGCCUUCGUUUGCAGUAUACAACAAUCAAAAUGUCAACGAAGAAGGCGAUACAGCUCUUGGGGAUAGUCGGUCUUCUGGACGACUAGUAUUGGAAACCAUAGAACCACCCACCCAGCAUCCACCAAACCAUGAAGCUUUCGUGGAGAUGGUAGAUGUUGCAGAGGAUGUCAUUCGAGAUGAGGAUGAAGAGUCGGUGAAUAUUCCGUAUGAUAGUGAUGACAACCAAGGAAAUGACCCGUUAACACAGACUCAACGUUCUAAUUUAGAAACACAACACUAUCCUAGUCAUUUUUCCGCAUUGAAUCUAAGCGCGAUGCAACAAGUUGAUGCGGAUUUGUCUGGGUUCAUAAAGGAGGGAGAGUUCGUGAUCGGACAACGCUUUCGAAGCAAAGACGAGGCUGUGCUUGCAAUAAAGAACUACAACAUUCGUCGAGCUGUGGAGUACAAAGUGCUAGAAUCCGAUCACAGAAAGUACUGUGGAAAGUGCAGACAGUCUGAUCAAGGGUGUAAUUGGUUGAUCCGUGUAUCAUUGCGGCGAAAAAAAAGGUACUGGGAGGUUCGAAAGUACAACGGUCGACACACAUGCCUUGCAAUUAAUGUCUCAAGAAACCACCGACAACUUGAUUAUCAUGUUGUAUGUUCUUCUAUCUUCCCGAUGGUGCAAGCUGAUCCCACUAUUUCAAUUAAAUUAUUGCAGAAUUCAAUAGAGGGAAAAUUUGGGUUUAGGUGCAGUUACCGAAAAGCUUGGCUGGCAAAACAAAAAGCAAUUGCAAAGAUUUAUGGCGAUUGGGAAGAGUCGUAUAAUCUACUUCCAAGGUGGAUAUUGGGAAUCCAAAUGACAAUGCCCGGAAGUUUUGUGAUGAUGAAGACUGCCCCGGUUCGUGUCGAGGGUGUGGUUGACCCAAGUCGUGUGUUUUUUCAUCGUUUAUUCUGGACAUUUCCACCGUGUGUAGAGGCUUUUAAGCACUGUAAACCUGUUAUUAGUAUCGAUGGCACCCGUCUGUACGGGAAGUAUGGUGGAAUGUUGAUGAUUGCCAUUGCACAAGACGGUAACUCUAACAUAUUGCCAAUUGCUUUUGCAUUGGUCGAAGGAGAAAAUAUGGAAUCAUGGAAAUUCUUCCUUUCUCAUAUGCGGGAGCAGGUGACUCCUCAAUCUGGCAUUCUUGUUAUAUCUGACAACCAUCCUGCCAUUCAAGCUGCGCUGAAUGCUGAAGGGAGUGGUUGGCACCCUCCUAGCGCUUAUCAUGCAUUCUGCAUUCGCCACUUGGCAGCAAACUUUGCACUCAAUUUUAAGAGUAAGGAUGCAAGAAAGGCACUUGUGAAUGCAGCGUAUGCGAAAACUGGGCUUGAGUUCCAGUACUACUUUGAGUUGAUGAAAUCUGAGAACUUGGAAAUGUGUACAUGGGCCAAUAGAUGCCCAUUGGAACUUUGGACUCAACAUCGGGAUGAGGGUCGUAGGUAUGGACACAUGAUAACCAACUUAUCCGAGUGUGUGAAUGCUGUCUUGAAGGGCGUCCGAAACCUUCCAAUUACAUCACUAGUGAGAUCUACCUAUUAUCGGUUGGCGGAGCUUUUUGUUAGUAAAGGAAAAGAGGCUGAAGCCCAAUUGGCUGCCGGACAACAAUUUUCUCAUGUUUUGACCAAAGCUAUUGAGAAGAACAGGGAGGCAAGUGGUCAAAUGAAUGUCCACCUGUACGAUAGAGAAAAUUUAGAAUUCACAGUGGCAGAAGUUGCUUCCACUGGUGGUUAUAACUUUGGUGCAUAUAGAGUGUCUUUGAAAGAACGUCGUUGUGACUGCGGAUAUUUUCAAGCAUUGCACUAUCCAUGCAAACAUGUUUUGAUAGCAUGUGCAUCUCAGAGAAUUGAUUGGACAACUUAUGUUGAUAAUGUUUAUCAGAUGAGUAGUGUUUUCAAUGUAUACAAAAUGGUUUUUUCUGCACCUCCACACGAGGACCAUUGGCCGGUGUAUGAAGGGCCUCUGGUGGUACCAGACCCAAGUCUGAUGAGGGCUACUCAGGGACGACCGCCCUCUACCAGGCUUAGAAAGAACAUGGAUGAAUUUGAGGAAAGGCAACCUAAGAGGUGUGGGUUAUGCAGGCAACCUGGGCAUACAAGGAGUAAGUGUCUACAGAAUCAAGCAUCUUCGUCUUCUCAUGCGGGCAGCAAUGGUUAGAGAUAAGGGGUGGAUUAUUACCUGAUAUUUAUUUAAUGCUUUUUAUAUGUUGAACUAGUUUACGUUACGUUUUAUGUGGUGUCUGAAUAGAUUAUGUCUGAUUAGGUUAUGUUUAAGUCCACAUCUUAUGUUUUAUUUGUGUUUAUAUCAUGUAAAAGAAGUUGAUAUUUUGUUA